AUGGCAGGUUUCACCGUCUGGGACUAUGUGGUCUUUGCGGCCAUGCUGCUGGUCUCGGCCAUCAUCGGCAUCUACUACGCCUUCGCGGGAGGGGGGCAGAAGACACCCAAGGACUUCCUCAUGGGGGGCCGCAGCAUGAGCGCCCUCCCCGUUGCACUCUCCCUCACUGCCAGCUUCAUGUCAGCUGUCACCGUGCUGGGCACCCCUGCCGAGAUCUACCGCUAUGGGGCCAUCUUCUGCAUCUUCGCCAUCACUUACGGCCUGGUGGUGCUGUGCAGUGCUGAGAUCUUCCUGCCCGUCUUCUACAAGCUGGGCAUUACCAGCACCUACGAGUAUUUAGAGCUUCGAUUUAAUAAAUACCUGCGCCUCUGUGGAACAAUCCUCUUCAUUAUACAAACGAUGUUAUACACUGGUAUUGUCAUCUAUGCUCCAGCUUUAGCAUUAAAUCAAGUCACUGGCUUCGACUUGUGGAGUGCAGUGGUGGCGACUGGCGUGGUCUGCACUUUCUACUGCACGCUGGGUGGUCUGAAGGCAGUGGUGUGGACAGACGUUUUCCAGGUUGGAAUCAUGGUCGCUGGAUUUUCAUCUGUGAUUAUACGAGCUGUGGUGGUUCAGGAGGGAAUUGGACGCAUUGUAAACGAUUCCUACUAUGGAGGAAGAUUAAACUUCUGGGACUUCAAUCCCAAUCCUUUGCAACGGCACACCUUCUGGACGAUUGUUAUAGGUGGGACCUUCACAUGGACUGGCAUUUAUGGGGUCAACCAGUCUCAAGUACAGAGAUACAUUGCAUGCAAAAGCAGGUUCCACGCGAAAAUGUCCCUCUACAUCAACUUGUUGGGGCUCUGGGUGAUACUGGCCUGCGCGACCCUGUGCGGUCUGUCCCUCUACUCCAUCUACAAGGACUGUGACCCGUGGAUGGCAAAGCAGGUGUCAGCAUUCGACCAGCUAAUGCCAUACCUAGUGCUGGAUAUUCUCCACGAUUUUCCAGGAGUGCCAGGGCUUUUCGUGGCUAGUGCCUACAGUGGGACAUUAAGUACAGUGUCCUCCAGCAUCAAUGCUCUGGCUGCCGUGACUGUCGAAGACCUCAUUAAGCCGUACUUCAAAUCCCUCUCUGAAAAGAAGUUGUCAUGGAUUUCCAUGGGGAUGAGUCUGUUUUAUGGCGGAGUCUGCAUCGCUAUGGCUGCACUGGCAUCUCUCAUGGGAGCCUUAUUGCAGGCAGCGCUCAGCAUUUUUGGCAUGGUUGGUGGCCCCCUUUUAGGACUGUUUGCCUUGGGGAUCCUCUGCUCCUUUGCAAAUGGAAUUGGUGCAUUUGGGGGUCUUAUCAGUGGCUUUGUUGUUUCGCUUUGGGUUGGAAUCGGAUCUCAGAUUUAUCCUCCACUUCCAGAGAGGACCAAGCCACUACCUCUGUCAACUGCAGGCUGUAAUAUAUCCUCAGUAAACUGGACGACAACAGAAAAUCCCUUAACAACAGUCUUCAGCACACCAACUGCAGAGAGGCCCGCCCUGGCAGACAACUGGUAUUCCUUGUCUUAUCUCUACUUCAGCACACUUGGGACGCUUAUCACAGUAGUUGUGGGAAUUAUUAUCAGCCUCCUAACAGGAGGGCUCAAGCAGAACACAGAUCGUAAAUUCCUGCUGACCAAGGAAGAUUUCCUGUCCAGCUUCUCAUGGUCUAAAUCUGAGACAGUAAUGUUGGACUGUAACCCGUUUUCUGUGGCAGAUGAAGGAACUGACAACCCUGCUUUCAGCCACAUUGAAAUGGAUGUUGCAAGCGAUAAGGACAAAGUCAAUGGCCUUCAAGCAUGA